UGUGCUUACUUCUACUACUCAACUUAUAGGUUAUGUUGACUGUUGAGUAAGUUUUGCAUUCAAAGAUUCAUUAACCAUUAUUUGGAGUUAUUAUGAAAAAUAAGCAUUGAUAUUGCUUUUCAAAAGCUUUAUAUUAGUAUUAUACAUGUCUCUGUUUAUGAACAAAAAUGUUUAAACGGUUUUUAUUUAAAACUUUAGCUACUUUCACUGUAAAACAGGAGAGUGUUAGGCAUUAUCCAGCUCCAAUCAAACGUUUUUACCGGAAAACGGGUAUAUUGAAAAGUGAUGGCCAUUUUGAAGUUACUCUUGAUCAAAGGAAGCUGAAAACUCCGAUGGGAAGAGUGUUCAGUGUUGACUCGGAGCCUCUAGCUUUGGCUGUUGCAGCAGAGUGGGACGCACAGAAAUCAAACAUCGUUCAGAGUAACAUGCAUUUGACUGCUUUGUGUAGUACGGCUAUCGAUAAUCCAAACAAUUUCAACAAAUUUGAACUUGUUCAAAAAAUAUUGGGGUACAUGGACACUGAUGCCAUACUCUUUCAUCCGACUAAUGAGAAAGAUUUGAUGGGCUUGCAGGAGAAUGAGUGGUUGCCCAUAAUAGAUUGGUUCAAUGACAGAUAUUGCACGAAUAUUCAACCAACAGAAGGCAUAAGUCCUCCUCAAAUCAGCCAAGAUAAUAAGGAUAAAAUACAGAGUCAUUUACUCUCUUAUAACUUCGCUGCAGUAAAUGGGUUUGCGUUCGCUAUUGAAUCAUUAAAGUCAGUUAUAUUGACUUUGUGCUGUGUGGAUAGGCAUAUAAGCAUAGAAAAAGCUGUAACGCUAUCUAGGCUAGAAGAAGAAUAUCAGACUGAAUACUGGGGUCGAGUUGAGUGGGCGCAUGACCUGAGCCAGCUGGACUUGCAGGCCAGGGUAGCAGCAGCUGUCCUCUUCAUCCACCUCAACUCAUCCCUGCACUUGAUCAAAAGCAAGCAACCCGCCACCGGAUGACUGCCACUCAGUCAAGCCACAUGCCGGUAGUAAAUCAAUGCUCUAGUCGACAUUCAAUUACUCAUAUAAAAAUGUUUCUGUUCCCUAUUGAUGUUCAGUUUCCAAUUUCGUUAAUAAACGUUUUGAGAUAAUA